CCGGCGCAGGGCUCGCCGCCGCCGGGAGAGCGCGCUCCGGGUGCAGAGCGGCCGCGCAGGGCUGGAGCGGGAGGGCGGAGGGCGCCGCUGCCGGAUUGCCUCCGCCCGAGACCCCGAGAGCCCGGCGGCCGUGGGGAGCGGCAAGGCGCGACUCGGGUCUGGAGAGCCAGGCUCCCGGAGGAAAUGGGACCGUGAGCCAGCGGGAGCCGCGAGAAGGAAGGAAGCGCCGCGGUCGCUGAUGUCAGAGGAGCCCGGAAAGUCGAGCUGGAAAAAUCCGAAGACAACAGCCGGGGGGUGUGCUGCUAGCCCCGCACAGGCGCCGCUGGCCACCCCCGCGCGUCCCCUCGGCGCCCCUAGAGCCUCCAGCGAGCCGGCGGCUGCGCCCGGCGGGGCUGCUGCGGGGCGGCGGAGCCGGCGGGGCGCGGAGCGGAGCCCGAGCGGCCACUUCAGGAAUACAGAUAAGUGGCAGGCGGCUGGACGUGGGUUUUAAUGCAUCUGGACUCCGUGUGGAUGUGGCCGUGCCCGUGAUUCCGAGCUGCUUGCAGGCGGCAGCCGGCGGCGAGGCUCGGCGAGCGGUGGGGCGGAAGGACAGACCGACGUCGCCGAGCUGGAGCCAUGUGAGGCCGACCCAGGAAGGCGGCAGAGAUGAGCACCUGGGGGAGCUGCCUCCCAGUCUUUGCCCCCCUCAGGAUGGCACAGAGGAAGCGCUGGCCACUGGCCCCGCGGACUGACAGCAGCGCGCCGGUGCUGCUCGCCACACUGUGGGUGCUGCUGGUGCCUGGGGCAGCCGGCAUGCCCCAGUUUAGCGCCUUCCACUCUGAGAAUAGAGACUGGACUUUCAACCACUUGACUGUCCACCAAGGGACAGGGGCCGUGUAUGUGGGGGCCAUCAACCGGGUCUACAAGCUGACGGGUAACCUGACGAUCCAGGUGGCCCACAAGACGGGCCCGGAGGAGGACAACAAGUCCUGCUAUCCGCCGCUCAUCGUGCAGCCCUGCAGCGAGGUGCUCACGCUCACCAACAAUGUCAACAAGCUGCUGCUCAUCGACUACUCCGAGAACCGCCUGCUGGCUUGCGGCAGCCUCUACCAGGGCGUCUGCAAGCUGCUGCGGCUGGACGACCUCUUCAUCCUGGUGGAGCCCUCGCACAAGAAGGAGCACUACCUGUCCAGUGUCAACAAGACAGGCACCAUGUAUGGCGUGAUCGUGCGCUCUGAGGGCGAGGACGGCAAGCUGUUCAUCGGCACGGCUGUGGACGGUAAGCAGGAUUACUUCCCCACACUGUCCAGCCGCAAGCUGCCCCGAGACCCGGAAUCCUCCGCCAUGCUGGACUACGAGCUCCACAGUGAUUUUGUCUCCUCCCUCAUUAAGAUCCCCUCUGACACCCUGGCCCUGGUCUCCCACUUUGACAUCUUCUACAUCUAUGGCUUCGCCAGCGGGAGCUUCGUGUACUUCCUCACUGUGCAGCCGGAGACCCCGGAGGGGGUGUCCAUCAACUCCGCCGGGGACCUCUUCUACACCUCUCGCAUCGUGCGUCUCUGCAAGGACGACCCCAAGUUCCACUCCUAUGUAUCCCUGCCCUUUGGCUGCACGCGGGCAGGUGUGGAGUACCGCCUCCUACAGGCCGCUUACCUUGCCAAGCCCGGAGAGGCGCUGGCCCAGGCCUUCAACAUCAGCAGCCAGGACGACGUGCUCUUUGCCAUCUUCUCCAAAGGGCAGAAGCAGUACCACCACCCACCCGACGACUCCGCCCUGUGUGCCUUCCCCAUCCGCUCCAUCAACCUGCAGAUCAAGGAGCGUCUGCAGUCCUGCUACCAAGGCGAGGGCAACCUGGAGCUCAACUGGCUGCUGGGCAAGGAUGUCCAGUGCACUAAGGCGCCUGUCCCCAUUGACGACAACUUCUGUGGACUGGACAUCAACCAGCCCUUGGGAGGAUCUACCCCAGUGGAGGGCCUGACCCUGUACACCACCAGCCGGGACCGCAUGACCUCCGUUGCCUCCUAUGUUUACAAUGGCUACAGUGUGGUUUUCGUGGGGACAAAGAACGGCAAACUGAAAAAGAUUCGAGCUGAUGGCCCCCCGCACGGUGGGGUCCAGUACGAGAUGGUCUCUGUGCUCAAAGACGGGAGCCCCAUCCUCCGCGACAUGGCCUUCUCCAUUGAUCAGCGCUACCUGUACAUCAUGUCUGAAAGGCAGGUCACCAGGGUCCCUGUGGAGUCAUGCGAGCAGUACACGACUUGUGGCGAGUGCCUGAGCUCGGGUGACCCUCACUGUGGCUGGUGCACCCUGCACAACAUGUGCUCCCGCAGGGACAAGUGCCAGCGGUCCUGGGAACCAAAUCGCUUUGCCGCCAGCAUCAGUCAGUGCAUGAGCCUGGCAGUGCAGCCCAGCAGCAUCUCUGUGUCUGAGCACAGCCAGAAGCUCAACCUGGUUGUGAGUGACUCUCCAGAUCUGUCUGCAGGCAUCACCUGUGCCUUUGGGAACCUGACAGAGGUGGAAGGGCGGGUGGCCGGCAGCACUGUCAUCUGCAUGUCUCCUGGGCCCAAGGAUGUCCCUGCCAUCCCUCUGGAUCAAGACUGGUUUGGACUAGAGCUGCAGCUGAGAUCCAAGGAGACAGGGAAGAUAUUUGUCAGCACUGAGUUCAAGUUUUACAACUGCAGUGCCCACCAAUUGUGCCUGUCCUGUGUCAACAGCGCCUUCCGCUGCCACUGGUGCAAGUACCGCAACCUCUGCACUCAUGACCCCACCACCUGCUCCUUCCAGGAGGGCCGCAUCAAUAUUUCAGAGGACUGUCCCCAGCUGGUGCCCACAGAGGAGAUCCUGAUUCCAGUUGGGGAGGUAAAGCCCAUCACCCUCAAGGCUCGCAACCUGCCCCAGCCGCAGUCCGGCCAGCGCGGCUAUGAAUGCGUCCUCCACAUCCAGGGGGCCGUCCACCGGGUCCCCGCCCUGCGCUUCAACAGCUCCAGUGUCCAGUGCCAGAACAGCUCGUACCAGUACGACGGGAUGGACAUCAGCAGCCUGGCCGUGGACUUCGCCGUCGUGUGGAAUGGCAAUUUCAUCAUAGAUAACCCUCAGAACCUGAAAGUGCACCUCUACAAGUGCGCAGCCCAGCGGGAGAGCUGUGGCCUCUGCCUCAAGGCUGACCGCAAGUUUGAGUGUGGCUGGUGUAGUGGAGAGCGCAGAUGCACCCUUCACCAGCACUGCACCAGCCCUUCCAGCCCCUGGCUCGACUGGUCCAGCCACAAUGUCAAGUGCUCCAACCCCCAGAUCACUGAGAUUCUGACAGUGUCUGGACCACCUGAAGGAGGGACUCGAGUGACUAUCCAUGGCGUGAACCUGGGCCUGGACUUCUCUGAGAUCGCACACCAUGUGCAGGUGGCUGGGGUGCCCUGCGCGCCCCUCGCAGGGGAGUACAUCAUCGCUGAGCAGAUCGUCUGCGAGAUGGGCCAUGCCCUGGUGGGGACCACCUCUGGGCCCGUGCGCCUCUGCAUCGGCGAGUGCAAGCCAGAGUUCAUGACCAAGUCCCACCAGCAGUACACCUUUGUGAACCCUUCAGUGCUGUCACUGAACCCCAUCCGAGGGCCAGAGUCCGGCGGCACCAUGGUGACCAUCACAGGCCAUUACCUUGGUGCUGGGAGCAGUGUGGCUGUGUACCUGGGCAACCAGACCUGCGAGUUCUAUGGGAGGUCAAUGAACGAAAUUGUGUGUGUCUCUCCCCCAUCAUCCAUCGGGCUGGGCCCAGUCCCUGUCUCAGUGAGCGUGGACAGAGCCCGAGUGGAUAACAGCCUGCAGUUCGAGUACAUAGAUGACCCUCGGGUCCAGCGCGUCGAGCCCGAGUGGAGCAUCACCAGUGGCCAUACACCCCUGACCAUCACAGGCUUCAACCUGGAUGUCAUCCAAGAGCCGCGGAUCCGAGUCAAGUUUAAUGGCAAAGAGUCCGUCAAUGUGUGUAAAGUUGUGAAUGCAACCACCCUUACCUGCUUGGCACCCUCUCUGACCACUGAUUACCGCCCUGGCCUGGACACCGUGGAGCGGCCUGAUGAGUUCGGGUUCGUCUUUAACAACGUCCAGUCCUUGCUGAUUUACAAUGACACCAAGUUCACCUACUACCCCAACCCGACCUUCGAGCUGCUCAGCCCGACAGGUGUCCUGGAUCAGAAGCCAGGGUCGCCCAUCAUCCUGAAGGGCAAAAACCUCUGCCCUCCCGCCUCUGGAGGGGCCAAACUCAACUACACGGUGCUGAUCGGCGAGACACCAUGCACAGUCACUGUGUCCGAGACGCAGCUGCUCUGUGAACCCCCCAACCUCACCGGGCAGCACAAGGUCAUGGUCCACGUGGGCGGAAUGGUGUUCUCUCCCGGCUCGGUAAGCGUCCUUGCUGACAGCUUGCUGACCCUGCCGGCCAUCGUCAGCAUUGCGGCGGGUGGCAGCCUCCUGCUUAUCAUUGUCAUCAUUGUCCUCAUCGCCUACAAGCGCAAGUCUAGGGAAAACGACCUCACACUCAAGCGGCUCCAGAUGCAGAUGGACAACCUGGAGUCACGUGUGGCUCUGGAGUGCAAGGAGGCUUUUGCUGAGCUCCAGACCGACAUCAAUGAACUAACCAGUGACCUAGACCGAUCCGGAAUCCCAUACCUGGACUAUCGUACCUACGCUAUGCGAGUCCUGUUCCCGGGCAUCGAGGACCACCCCGUCUUGCGGGAGCUGGAGGUCCAAGGGAAUGGGCAGCAGCACGUGGAGAAGGCCCUGAAGCUCUUCGCCCAGCUCAUUAACAAUAAGGUCUUCCUGCUGACCUUCAUCCGUACCCUGGAGCUGCAGCGCAGCUUCUCCAUGCGCGACCGUGGCAACGUGGCCUCGCUCAUCAUGACUGGUCUGCAGGGCCGCCUGGAGUACGCCACCGACGUGCUCAAGCAGCUGCUGUCCGACCUCAUCGAGAAGAACCUGGAGAACAAGAACCACCCCAAGCUGCUGCUGCGGAGGACCGAGUCUGUGGCUGAGAAGAUGCUAACCAACUGGUUCGCCUUCCUCUUGCACAAGUUCCUGAAGGAGUGUGCCGGGGAGCCGCUCUUCAUGCUGUACUGCGCCAUCAAGCAGCAGAUGGAGAAGGGCCCCAUCGACGCCAUCACAGGCGAGGCCCGCUACUCCCUGAGUGAGGACAAGCUCAUCCGGCAGCAGAUAGAGUACAAGACGCUGAUCCUGAACUGCGUCAAUCCUGACAACGAGAACAGCCCGGAGAUCCCAGUGAAGGUGUUGAACUGUGACACCAUCACGCAGGUCAAGGAGAAGAUCCUAGAUGCUGUGUAUAAGAACGUGCCCUACUCCCAGCGGCCCCGGGCUGUGGACAUGGACUUGGAGUGGCGCCAGGGCCGCAUCGCCCGGGUGGUGCUGCAAGACGAGGACAUCACCACCAAGAUCGAGGGUGACUGGAAGCGGCUCAACACGCUGCUGCACUACCAGGUGUCAGACAGAUCGGUGGUGGCUCUGGUCCCCAAACAGACCUCCUCCUACAACAUCCCUGCCUCUGCCAGCAUCUCUCGGACAUCCAUCAGCAGAUAUGAUUCCUCCUUCAGGUACACGGGCAGUCCUGACAGCCUUCGGUCCCGGGCACCCAUGAUCACCCCAGACCUGGAGAGCGGGGUCAAGGUCUGGCAUCUAGUGAAGAACCAUGACCACGGUGACCAAAAGGAAGGUGACCGGGGCAGCAAGAUGGUGUCUGAAAUCUACCUGACCCGGCUACUGGCCACCAAGGGCACCCUGCAGAAGUUCGUGGAUGACUUGUUUGAGACCUUAUUCAGCACUGUGCACCGGGGCAGCGCCCUCCCUCUGGCCAUCAAAUACAUGUUUGACUUCCUGGAUGAGCAGGCAGACAGACACAGCAUCCAUGACACAGAUGUUCGGCACACCUGGAAGAGCAACUGCCUCCCCCUGCGCUUCUGGGUGAAUGUCAUUAAGAACCCGCAGUUCGUGUUCGACAUCCACAAGGGCAGCAUCACGGACGCCUGCCUGUCGGUGGUGGCCCAGACCUUCAUGGACUCCUGCUCCACGUCGGAGCACCGGCUGGGCAAGGACUCGCCCUCCAAUAAGCUGCUCUACGCCAAGGACAUCCCCAGCUACAAGAGCUGGGUGGAGAGAUACUAUGCAGACAUCGCCAAACUCCCUGCCAUCAGUGACCAGGACAUGAACGCCUACCUCGCUGAGCAGUCCCGCCUGCAUGCCGUGGAGUUCAACAUGCUGAGCGCCCUCAAUGAGAUCUACUCGUACGUCAGCAAGUACAGCGAGGAGCUUAUCGGCGCACUGCAGCAGGACGAGCAGGCCCGGCGGCAGCGGCUGGCCUACAAGGUGGAGCAGCUGAUCAGCGCCAUGUCCAUCGAGGGCUGAGAGAGCCCGCGUUCCUGGGAAGAGGGACCCGUCCAAGCCAUCACGCUGGAGCCUCAGAAGGAAGGACGCGUGCAGGGCACCAGCCCGAGCCUGCUGCCCACUGAGGCUCCGCCCAGGGGAAGGGGAGGCCCUCCCCUGGCGCUAGCCAGGUCUCCUCACGGCCAGUUCCUGUGGGUAGGACAGCAGGCACUGCCGUCCGUCCGUCCAUCCGUGGCUGAGACCUCUAGGGACACCACCGGGAGAGGAAACGGUGGCCCUUCAAGCUGAGAGGCUCGCGCCCCAGCGGCCUGCCUCUGUGACUGCUGCUUUGCAUGAAGCUCACUUGAUGUAUAUUGGGGAAAUAAUGAGAACUUUAUUUAAUUUUUUUAAGAAAAAGGGGGAAAAAAACAGAAAUAAAACAAAACAAAAAGCUUCCCUGUUAA